UCGCUGCAUGANGUUGCACCUUUACACAUGCGCAAUACAGCUUAAAAAGAACAAAUAUCAUUCAAGAUGCUCUCUCUCUUGGAUCACGUGUCAACAUAGAACAGCGUACGUGUCAGGAUAUUUCGAAAUGAACGAUUCCAAAUUUAAGAAGCAUAAAGUCUCUAAGAAGACGAAAAAAUCAUGGAGGAAACAUAUUGAUACAAAGGAUAUAGAUGCAUUCCUUGAUAAUAAUAGAUUUGAAGAACGUUUGGGUAUCACUCUAACUAAACUGACAGAUGCUGAGUUAUAUACUGUUGACAAAACUAAUGCUACUGAAAAUUUAACUUCCAAAUGUGCUACUAGAUUAGCAUUAAAGAAUAAAGAACCAAGAUGUUUUGCGUCUUUGAAAUCACAUACACAUGUUCCUGAUCCAAUUUCUAAACGAAACCAAGUUAGGAUGAAAAAAGAACGCAUGAAUUCUAUAUUACAGCCACAUGAAAUAGAAAGAAGAAAAAAGGGCAUUCUUAAAUUAAAAGAAAAGGAAGCAUUGAAAAAUAGAAUGCUUGCAAAAGCAGCUUUACAGAAUCAGCCUAUAAGAGGAGAAAUUAAAGAUGAUAUAUGGAAUACUACUAAUGACUUAUUACCAGAAACAGUUGCUAAAUGGAUGUCUUCAGAUAGCAUUAGGCAUACAAUUAAUUAUUUAGAUGAAAAAAAAAAAUUGCCUUUACAGAAAAAGCCAUCUGUUAUACCAGUAAUAGAAAUACCACAUCCAGGUACAUCUUAUAAUCCAUCAUACACUGAUCAUCAAGAAUUGUUGCAUGAAAUCAUACAGAAAGAAUUAGAAUUGAUGAAACAAAAAGAACAUUUGGACAGAGUCACAACUCAGAUGUUUGAAAAGAUUUCAUUAAAAAAAAGAGAUGAACAUAUGAUGAAAGAAAUGUUAGAGGGUUUGCUUGAAAAUAAACAAAUAACAGAAGAUUUAAAGUUAAUUGAGAAAGAUAAUUAUGAAAAAGAAGAUUCUUCCAUUGUAAAAGCAAACAGUAAAUUUGUAAAGAAUACCAAAAAGACUCUUGUACAAAGAAGAAAACAACAAGAACAAAAACAAGCGGCUAAUGAACGUAUAUUGGCUAAGCUCGAGAAAAAAAAAAUUUCCGAUAUUUAUAAAUUAAAAACUCUACAAAAGCAAAUAGAAGCUGAGGAAAAAAAGCAAGUAUUUUUACAACAAAAACGAAUGAAAAAGUGUGAGAGGGAAUCGGUUAUGCCAAAGAUUCUGAGUAAAACAAAAUUUGAACCCAUUGAUCCUGAUUUCCAGCUUGCAGAAGAAUUAACUGGCAAUUUAAGGAACUGUAAACCUUCUAAGAAUUUACUGAAAGAACGAUAUAAGUCACUUCAACAAAGAAACAUUAUUGCCCCUACUGUCAUAAAAUUGAAACGAGACAAAGCAAGGAUGAAGAAAUUUAUAAAGCCAGAUCAUAAAAUACACUUGGAUGAUUAAGGAAAUUAUAAUAUGAUAACAAUGAAAAGGAUUUAAUUAAUUUGAAUAUUAUUACAUAUAUACAUUUUCUUUAUUUUAUUUAUUUAUAAAUAUGAUUCAUGUUGUACUUAAAAAUUUAGAAAUUAGGAGAUAUUAGAUAAUUCAUCAGUGUUACCAUGAUUUUGACCUUUUCAAUGAACAAUCUCAAAUUCAGCUUUA